AAUCUUCCCCAUAGUGUGGAGCAGCCGGCAGCGUGCACACACACUCACACACUCUCACACAGCCACACACACUCACACUCACUCUCGCACACACACUCGCGCGCGCAACAAAGCAGGCAGACGAGGGAGGCGGGUAAUAAAGGAAAGAACAUCACAGAGGAAAAACAGCAUUGCUGCACUUGGACUUUUCGUAUACUGCAGUCUGCGUGGAGUUUGUGCCGUUUCCUGUGUGCCUCGUAACCUUACCGCUCACGUCUGGUCCUUCCUGCGGAGGGAUUGAGUCCCGUCAGCUGUGUGUGCAGAGAUCCAAAUCCGACGACUGUCUACAUUGCUGCUUUGUGCAUCCACCAGACGGGAACAAAGUGUGCGACUGGGAUAUCUGACAAGCUCCUCUGGGAACCGACGCUACACCGACAGUCAGAGAGAGAGAGAGAGAGAGAGAAAGAAGGAGCAAGAUAGAUUGAAAGAGAGAGAGUCAAAGUCAGGGCAUGAGCAGGAGACAAGAAGCCGGUUUUCUGGAGAAGUGAUUGCCACAGUGCUCCCUCCUCUUCCCUCACCUCCUUCCUUCCUUCUAUCCUCUCUUCUGUGCCGCUGUUCCUUCUUUCUUUGCUCACACCUCCGCUGCUAUCCCAUCCUCGUACCUCCGCUCUCCUUCCAUCACCUCCUCCUCCCCUGCUCCCGAAGACAGCGUGAAGAGGAGAGGCACGGCACACACACACUUGCCCGUGUGCCGUAUCAUCUCAUUAUCUCUCUCCAUCCUUCCUCUGGCUCCAUCCCUCAGACGGAUCUAGCCUCUAGCUGCGGAACCACAAGCAGAGGCUUUUUGAGUUGUUGGAUCCCACACGCGAGUCUCUGUAUCCAGCCACAGCCAGAAGGAUUCCAGCUACAUGGGCAAACGCUUGGAACAGCAACCAAUGUACCCCCAGUACACUUACUAUUACCCUCACUACCUUCAGACUAAGCAGUCAUAUGCCCCGCCCCCUCCUCCCAUGGCUCCGCCCAGUCCCAGCACCAAUAGCAGCAGCCACAGUGCAGCGGAGCAGCUCAGUAAAACCAACCUGUACAUCCGGGGCCUUCCGCCUGGCACCACCGACCAGGACCUCAUCAAACUCUGCCAACCGUAUGGAAAAAUAGUGUCAACAAAGGCAAUCCUGGACAAAAACACCAACCAGUGCAAAGGAUAUGGCUUUGUGGAUUUCGACAGUCCGGCGGCAGCACAGAAAGCUGUAGCGUCCCUGAAGGCCAGUGGCGUGCAGGCACAGAUGGCAAAGCAACAGGAGCAGGACCCCACUAACUUGUACAUCUCUAACCUCCCGGUUUCAAUGGAUGAACAAGAGCUGGAGAGCAUGCUGAAGCCCUUCGGACAUGUCAUCUCCACACGGAUACUCCGAGAUGCCAACGGGGUCAGCCGAGGGGUCGGCUUUGCCAGAAUGGAGUCCACCGAGAAAUGUGAUGUGGUGAUUCAACAUUUCAACGGAAAGUUCCUCAAAACCCCACCAGGAGUACCAGUCCCGACGGAACCGCUGCUGUGCAAGUUUGCAGACGGAGGACAGAAGAAGAGGCAGAGUCUGAGCAAGUACCCUCAAAAUGGCCGACCGUGGCCUCGGGAAGGAGAGAGUGGCAUGGCGCUGACCUAUGAUCCCACUGCAAUGCAGAACGGGUUCUACUCCUCACCAUACAGCAUCUCCACAAACCGCAUGAUCGCUCAAACGUCAAUCACUCCAUUCAUCGCAGCCUCUCCUGUCUCCACAUAUCAGGUCCAGAGUACGUCGUGGAUGCCUCACCAACAGUACGUUAUGCAACCUACGGGUGCUGUGAUAACGCCAGCCAUGGACCACACCAUCUCCAUGCAGCCCGCUAACAUGAUGGGACCCCUGACCCAGCAGAUGAACCACCUGUCCAUGGGUACCACUGGCACUUACAUGACUGCGGCUGCUGCUCCUAUGCAGGGGACCUACAUUCCCCAGUACACUGCGGUGCCUGCCUCAGCUGUCUCAGUGGAGGGAGUGGUGACGGAGGCUUCUCCACAGAGCGUUCCGCCCUCGUCACAGGAUGCCAGCAGUCAGCAACAGCCUCUGGGCAUGGACAACACCAGCGAUCACGCGCCCACCUACACUUUUCAGCCCGCUAAAUAACCAGAGGAGGAGGGGGGCGUUGAGGUGACUGCGUUGCCUUGAGACUGGGGGACUGCAACGAGGGAGCAUUGAAGACAGAGCGCAAGAGACAGGGAAACACGUUUGUGUAUACUUUUGCACAAGCAUCUAAAAAAAAAAACAUCUACAACAAACAAACAAUUUAUUUAACACCUGGCCCACACCGAAGGACCUUUGGAGAACUCGCAACCAGACCGGAAACGAGAGAAAUGCAGUCUGGGAGAUCGAGCCUACUGUUAAUCGGCUAUCCGAAAAACCUUACCUUCACGAAGUGAACGAAAUCAAACAAGUACAAGUUUUCCUAUUCUUUUUUUGAAUGUGCAGGUAGGUUUUCAGAAACAGUGGGUUUUUCUAUUAGAUGAGGAAGCACGUUCUUGUAAAUCAAUGAGAGAUGGAGCGAAAGAAGUCUUCCUCGGAUUCUAAGCUACUAUUACUUUUCUUUUUUUAUGAGUUAGAUUUUAGUUUUCUAGAGAAUAUCAAUGUUUUUUCAUCUUUGCUGCCUUAAUUUCAAGAAACAUCUAAGACUUUUUCCUGUUUGAACUGAACAGACUGAUGAAUGCAGUGAAAAUGACCUGACAAAGAAAGGAAAUUACCUGUAUAAAGCAUAGAAAGAAAGAGAGAGGUCUCCUUGAGACGUUUUAAAUUAUCAGUGGUGACUUUGUGUUUAAUAGAGAGGACAGACAAAAAAAAAUAUUGUGGUCAUGAUGAUGAGGAUGAUUAAAGAGAGUUGCAUUUUUUAGGAACAGAGGAAAAAAAUGUUAAUCCACUGCAUCAUGGGAAAUGCAGUUUAUUGUGUAGUGCAGAUCAUUUUUAAUGGCAUUAUUGUUUUUAUCUGCAAUAUUUUUUAUGAGCUUUAAGGUGUUUUUAGCCUGCUUUGCUUGUUUCAUUGCGGAAAAAAAGAAAACUAAAACAGUCAAAAAAAUGGCAGUGCAAAUCUAAAUAGAUAAGAGCUUAUGGACGAAAAAAAAGCAAAUGUGUGCAAAAAGCAAUAGUAAUAGGAAAUUGUUGACAAUUUCUUUAGUCUUUCUUAGCUGUGGAUCAAAUGCAGGCCGUGGAUGGCAUAUUUUAUACCAAAGAUGAAGAAACCCCCCUCAAGACAGUGGAGUGGAUCAAUUAUUUUGUUUCUUUUUUCUAUUUGAGAUUUUUUUUUUGGCGUAAUCAUUUGGUUUCAGAAGUAUCCAUUUGACCUUGACGGCUAAACUGGUACUUUAGGGUUUAAACUUCCUUCCACUGUUGCAGAAUCUAUGUCAAUCGUUCAGUUGAAAGGCAGAAAACCACCAUCACUGAUUCUCAUGAGUGUGAUCUCCCCAGCAGAGGGCGUCAGAGAGCGGCUGAACCAUCAAUCAUCUCCCGUCUGCCCGGCUGAAUGAACUAUACCUCUAUCGCUGCACCUUCUCAGUCGCCGACCGACGGUCGGUCGGUCACUAUUAAACACGUCGCACAUCCGUUCAGUUCGAGCUUUCACACAAAGAAGUCCGUUUACAUAAUUUCAGCUCAACAGGAAGGAAUCAAAUCACUCACUAGUGUGUAUUUAAACUCUGUGUACAGAUCACUACCUCAUCGAAAGCAAUUUUACCAUGAGGAAACACAGGAGAAUGUGUUGCAGGUCAUGAAACACAAGCUUUGCUUCAGGGGCACUGAGAAACGUUUGCAAUUAGCAGCAUUAGCAUAACAUUUUGUUCUGAGCACUCCCGUUCGUAUUUGCAGUCGCAUCGAUCGAAAUGCCUCAUAUUAUAUGCAAGGUUUCCUUAAUCAACCAGAUGCCAUAGGAAAUCUCUCGUGAAAAUGGCGGUCUUUACUUGAAAAACAAAGGCUCUGUCCCAAAGCCCUUGCUGGUCGAGGCCACAUUUUGGUGGCAUAAUUCUAGUUAGUAAUCCGUAGUGACCCUAAAAUCUCAAUCGCGACACAUUAUGGUCACAUGGGUGCACAAUGACCAUUGCAAGACGGCGGAUACACAUCAACUACGCCAUUUAUGACAGAGCCUAAGGUUCCCAUUAUUAUGGGAUUCGGUGGUUGCUCAGGUGCCUUGACAGCUCGGAAUUAAGGUUAGAAAUAUCGCGUGUGACAUUUCAACCUUCCAUAUCUGAAAUUUGCUUUCUUUUUAUCAGGCUGCCCAUUCCAGAGGGGGGAAACUAGCAAACAGAAGAGCAGACAGAGGGAACAUUUCAUAAAUUAAAGGGAUAGUCCAUCCAAAAAUAAACAUUCUGUCAAAAUGAAGAACAAUGUUAACCACACAUUUUCGGUUCCCAUUGACUUGCACUGUAUGGACAAAAGAUACAAUAACAGUCAAUGGGACCUGAAACUGUUUGGUUGCCAACAUUCUUUAAAAUGUUCUCUUUUAUAUUGCGUAGAAGAAAGUAAGCCAUGUUUGGAACAACAUGAGUACAUUUUCAUUUUUGGACAGACUUAUCGCUUUAAUAUACAAACAAGGCUGCUGUCCUUUAUUUACCAUGAAGUAGAUGUUAUUUUGAUGCAGUCAGAUAGGAAAGUGCUAUAUUAAUACGUCAGCAAAGAGUUUCAAUACACAUGGUGAAUUAUGGACUGUCUUUGCUGCCUUCAUGGUCAUACUGCUCAUAAAUACGCCUCCUAGUUUUACAGUCAGGUAAUUAGAGUUGUCGAGGUGCUCUGGGAAUAAAUUAAUCUGUCAUUAAAGGGCCGGCUAGAGACAUCAAGAUCAAUUUAUUCCUUUUGAACGUCAUCAUGGACACUUGGGUCUUUUUUCCUGUUUUCCUACAACAUGACCUCUAUACAGCUACGUAAUGAUCUCAAUUAGCCACUAGGGGACAGUAUUAAAGCAAAAUUGGUGUACUUUAUCCUCUGGUGAUGACCAUUGCAGUGAGAUAUGAGACAAGUUCACACUGUGGAUUAAAGCGAUGCCAAGUUCAUAAUGACCAAGACAACACUGCUUCAAUAAGAACAAGCUAGCUUUUCAUUUUUCAUCUGUUUAAACAAAAAAGUAAAAAAAAUAAUAAUAAUAAUAAUAAAAGUCACUGUUUUGUGUCUGUUAUCCACUGUCAUUUUGGAGAGUUCUUUUUAUCACGUGCUCGCUGCUAUCAAGCAUUCAGUAUUUAAGUGGUCAGGGCCUUGGGAAUGGAGAGAAAAUUCGGGCUGGUAUCUCAUAUGA